UAUAGUUUUAUUAUUGAGCUGAGUUGCACUUUGUUAGUUUGUUUCGCGUUUUCAGAAAACGCACUUUUGCGAUCUUAGCCAUGUGAAUCCAAAACAGAAUCUGAGAGAGAGAUUUCUGAAGAGGUCACGAAGAUACGGAAAUGGAAUAUAGAAAACUCAAAGAUCAGGAUGAAGAUGGUAAUGGUGAUGUAGAUGUCAUAGAAAGCCAAAAAGCUCUUUCAGUGACUAAUGUGCCCACCUUGGGAGAUACCACCAUUGACUGGUCCAAAUGGAAGCUCAAGAUCAUUGUGGUAGUUGCAUUGAUGCUUCUUAUGAGCUCGCAAAGUAUACUUAUUGUGUGGUCUAAAAGAAAUGGCAAGUACGAGUAUAGUAUUACCACUACAAAUUUUAUGGUAGAGAAUUUGAAAUGUGGGUUAUCACUUUUAGCCUUGGCAAGAAUAUGGAGAAGUGAAGGUGUUACUAAAGAUAACAGGUUGAGUACAACAUUUGAUGAAGUUAUUGUAUACCCCAUUCCUGCAUUACUUUACCUUGUCAAAAAUCUGCUCCAGUACCACAUCCUUCAGCAUUUGGAUGCCCCGGGUUAUCAAAUACUUAGAAAUCUGAAUAUUAUCAGUACUGGCAUUUUGAAUAGAAUUAUACUUAAGAAGAAGUUAAGCAAUAUGCAAUGGGUGGCUUUAAUUCAACUAUGUAUUGGGUGCGUCAUUACUCAGCUAAAAACAAAUUCUGAUGAUGUUUUUCAAACUCCUGUUCAAGGUUGGGUGAUGGCCAUUGUCAUGGCACUUUUAAGUGGUUUUGCAGGAGUGUACACUGAGGCUAUAAUGAAAAAGCGUCCUUCAAGAAACAUAAAUGUGCAAAACUUCUGCUUAUAUAUAUUUGGUAUGGUUUUUAAUGCUGUUGCUAUAGUGACCCAAGAUUUUGAUGCAGUGAUGAACAAGGGAUUCUUCUAUGGAUACUCAUUUAUUACAGUUCUCAUGAUUCUCAACCAGGCACUAAGUGGCCUUGCUGUAUCUAUGGUAAUGAAGUAUGCUGACAAUAUUGUGAAGGUGUAUUCUACUUCAGUGGCAAUGCUUUUCACAGCAUUGGUUUCUUCUUAUAUAUUCAGAUUUAAUCUUUCGCUUGCCUUCAUCGCUGGCACAAUCAAUGUAAUCCUGUGUGUUUAUCAACAUGCUGUUGGGAAGCAAGAUGACUCCAUACCAGCUCUGCCCAAAUUUGCUCAGUGUAAAGGUUCUCAUCCCUCGCCUCAUCACUCCUCUAUGAUGAUUUUGAACAGAUGGUCAUGAAAUCAGUAAUGUACCUGUAUUUUAAAGUAACUAUUAAUUCAAGAUCAGGAUUCGAACAAUUCUGGUUUACAGUGUUUGCUUCGACCUUCUUUUUUUUUGUG